ACGCUUAGCAAUGUUUUGGAGAGCGUCGUCCAAUCAGCGGAGAGUUUGCUGGGGCUCGGCCAAUGGGAGUAGCGGUUGCUACGGAGCCGCUCGCUGCAGCUGUCAACGAGGAAGUCCACUGAGCAGUGAAGUGCAUGGUCAAAGGAAGCUUUUAUUUACAGGUGGAGAUGUUCCGUCGUGUGCUGGGGUCGACUCUGGGUUUUGUGGGCUACACGGUUCAGUAUGGCUGUAUUGCACAUUGUGCCUUUGAAUACUUUGGAGAAUUUGUUGUGUGCUCUGGUCCAUCAAUGGAGCCGACUAUUGUCAGCCAUGAUAUUGUCUUCUCAGAGAGGAUGAGUCGUCAUCUUUGCAAAAUAGAAACGGGGGAUGUAGUGAUUGCAAAGAGUCCAUUUGACCCAAAUAUGAACAUUUGUAAAAGGGUUAUUGGGCUGGAGGGAGAUAAAGUCUGCACAAGUUCCCCAACAGACAUGUUCAGGACCCACACAUAUGUUCCAAAAGGCCACGUAUGGCUCGAAGGGGAUAACCUUAGGAAUUCCUCUGACUCACGCAGCUAUGGCCCAAUUCCCUAUGCCCUCAUCCGAGGGCGUGUUUGCUUAAAGGAAGUUCAGAGGUCAAAUCAACACCCCCAGAGAUUAUGAAUCUAAAGGGAGAACUUCUGCAAAGAAAAUGGAAAGAGAAAAGCCUGUGAUUGGUUGCCAUCUAGUGGCUCUCACCAGUGCCUGCUGCCACAGGAUCAAGGACGGAGAGAAAGGUUCGAUACAGUAACUCUCCUCCCACCAAAUAAACCUGUAUGACAAUAAACAUUUCCCAAAAAUAAUAA